AUGUACGACUUACGCUAUGCCAAACGCGAAACCAAGAAUAACCGCAAAAAGCACCAUCGUGGCCGUGAUGUGCCUUCGACGAAACCCUAUCUGGUCUUUGAUAACUAUGCCCCUCAAAUACACCACACGAUAGACAUUAAUAAAGAGUUGGGUCUACUUGCCAGUGCCACCCAGGACCGACAAAAUAUUGGCUUCUACUCUCUUGCGGAUGGAUCUAUAGUCCCAUCACCUACCUCAUUGCGUGGACCAACCCCUGAUACUCAUGGGAAUAUCACCCAAAUCCGCUUCGAAGAGUAUCAGUAUCCUAUGCACCAGCGACAGGCGCCGCGUCUGUUAUAUUCUCAAGGGGCAAAUAUUAUUGAGUUAGCGUGGUGA